AUGGUCGCUCCUCAGUUCCAGACGCCUCCUCAGGCGCCCCCUCUCUUUACUCACACUGCCGAAGCCAUCGUCAGUGAGACGGAGCGGUUGAACGCCAACUAUAAGAAGAUUCUUGAUGACAUUGUGGCCAGCACGAAGCCAGAGAACUCCACAUUUGCCAAGGCUCUGGAGCCUGUCCUCUUUGAGGACAAUGAGACUGCUGUGUCCCGAAGGAUUCUGAGCUUCUACCAGCAUGUGUCGACUAACCAGGACCUUCGGGCGGCCUCCACCAAAGCCGAUGAGAUUACGACUCAGUUUGAUGUUGAAUGCCGCAUGCGAGAGGAUGUCUUCAAUGUGGUGAAUGGUGCUUUUGAGAAGAGAGAGACUGAAAAGCUCGAGACGGAGGCUCUGCGCAUCCUGGAGAAGGAGCGCAAGAAGUAUAUCCGCAAUGGUCUGCUCCUCCCUGCCGGACCGCAGCGAGACCGCUUCAAGGAAAUCAAGAAGCGCCUGGGAUUGCUGUGCAUUCAGGCCCAGAAGAACCUGAACGAGGAGAAGGCUGCUAUCUGGUUCACCCCGGAAGAGCUCAAGGGUGUCCCCGAGGACGAUAUCAACAUUGCUGACCUCGAGAAGGGCACUGGCGAGAAUGAGGGUAAAGUCAAGCUGACUUUCAAGUAUACUCACUUCUUCCCCUUCAUGAAGUAUGCCCAAGACGGCGAAGCAAGACACCGAUACACCAUAGCCGACGCCAAUAAGGUCAGCCAAAACGUACCUAUUUUCCAGGAGAUUUUCGAGCUUCGUGACGAGGCUGCCCGACUCCUGGGAUAUCCCGACCAUGCAAGCGUUGUGAUUGAGGAAAAGAUGGCCAAGACCCCGGCCAAGGUCAAGGAAUUCUUGAACGAUCUCCGUGUUCGCCUGGCCCCAGGUGGCAAGAAGGAAGUCGCUAAGCUUCUGGAAUACAAGAAGAAGGACUAUGAAGCGCGGGGCUUAGACUUUGAUGGUAACUUUUACAUGUGGGACACCUCCUACUACUCUCGCCUCCAAAAAGAGCAGGAGUACAGCGUCGACGAGGUCAAGAUUUCCCAAUUUUUCCCCGUUGACUCGACCUUCAAGGGGAUGCUGAAGAUCUUCGAAGAAAUUCUCGGUCUCUUCUUCGUUGAGAUUACUAAGGAGGAUGCGGCACGCCUUAGCAAGACUGGCAAGGCUGAAGAUAUCAUCUGGCAUGAAGAUGUAAAGCUGUAUGCAGUCUGGAACGACGAAGCAAGCGGUGGUGAGUUUGUGGGCUACCUCUAUAUCGACCUUCACCCUCGUGACAACAAGUACGGCCACAACGCCAACUUUGGCAUCGAACCGGGCUAUACCAAGAAAGAUGGAACCCGAAGCUACCCCUCCACCGCUUUGGUUUGCAACUUCAGCAAGCCCAGCCCCACCAAGCCAUCAUUGCUGAAGCACAAUGAGGUUGUGACACUCUUCCAUGAACUUGGCCACGGUAUCCACGACUUGGUUGCUCGUACACGAUACAGUUACUUCCAUGGAACAUCGGUUGUGGAUGACUUCGUCGAGGCGCCCUCUCAGAUGCUUGAGAACUGGUGCUGGACACCAAGUGUCCUCAAGUCGUUGUCCCGUCACUGGCAGACCAACGAACAGAUCUCGGACGAGCUGGUUGAUAAGCUAAUUGCCAGCAAGAACCUCAACUCCGCCAUUUUCAACCUCGCGCAGCUGUUGAUCGGUCUUUUUGAUAUGACUGUCCACUCGCCAGAAUCCCAUCAGGCAGCCAAGGAUCUGGAUGCCGGAAAGCUCUGGAAUACUCUCCGCGGUGAAAUCUCUGGCAUCAAGGGACCUGAGGAUGUGGGCGAGGGAAUUAAAUGGGGUAGCCGAUAUGCCCAUAUCGGCCACUUUGUUGGUGGGUAUGAUGCUGGCUACUAUGGAUAUCUCUGGUCUGAGGUGUUCUCGACGGACAUGUUCGCCACCUUUUUCGAGAAGAACCCGAUGGACCCAGCCCAGGGUCGCCGAUACCGGAAAAUCGUGUUGGAGAAGGGCGGCAGGGAGGAUGAGAUGGGCUUCCUCACCGAGUUCCUUGGCAGGGCGCCCAGUACUGAGGCAUUCUACAAGGAGCUGGGUCUGGCCUAG